AUGGUCCUUAUUAGUUUUACAAAUAUAGUUGUUGACGAGUUUUCAUAUGGAAAAAAGAAAGAAAAAAGAAAUCAAUAUUUAUAUUUUCUUACCCAUAUGCAUUCAGCAAACAAAUUAAAAAAUAGAUCAUUAUUAAGGAUUGACGCCUAAAUGGGAUUAUGGCCCAAUUUAUUGUUCUGA